AUGAAUAUUACUAGCGAAGACAAUUACGCGACCAUCUGGCAAGAGAAUUUGUUCAAAGGCAAAGUAUGUCUACUUACAGGGGGCUCCGGUGAUAUCUGCAAGGAGCAGGCAAAGGCAUUAAUCAGAUUAGGAUGUUCCAUUAGUAUUGUUGGUCGGAAUGCCAAAAAAGUGAAACUGGCUGUUCAAGAACUUGGCGAAUAUAAAGAGGUAGACAAUAAGGCCAAUGUAAUUGGAUUCGGUAAUUGCGAUGUGAGGAAUUUUGAAAAAAUUCGUUCAGCCGUUAGGAAUACCUCGGAAAGGCUUGGCAAAAUCGAUUUUCUUGUUUGUGGUGCAGCCGGGAACUUCAUGGCAGAUUUCAAUCAUCUGUCUGUGAAUGCAUUUAAAGCAGUAAUCGAUAUUGAUCUUAUCGGAACGUUCAACACUGUUAAAGCAUGCUUUGAGGACCUCAAAUCUACAAAAGGCAGUAUUAUUUUCAUAUCUGCAACCCUACAUUAUUAUGGAGUGCCAUUUCAGAGUCAUGUCUCGGCUGCCAAGUCGGGGAUUGAUGCUUUAGCAAGAUCACUUGCAGUGGAAUUUGGACCGUUGGGCAUUAGGGUGAAUUGUAUAGCACCAGGCCCAAUAGGGGAUACGGAGGGCUUUAACCGGAUAGUUCAGGAAAAUAAACAAUUCUCAAGGAAGAUCCCGAUCCAGCGUGUCGGGAAAAAAUCAGAUAUUGCCAAUGCUACCAUAUUUCUCUUCAGUAAAGCCUCAUCCUUUAUCACAGGCACCAUUUUGGUAGUUGAUGGUGGAUUCUGGCAGAUGGGUAACAUUAACACCAUUAAUUCUUAUCCAGAAAUGCUCCUUGCCAAAUUAAAAUCCAAGAUUUAG